CGUUUCCAAAUCAAGCGCUCCCAACUGCCCGGCGAUGACGUCACGCCGUCUCGUCCCGUAGCCUCUGUGUUUAUUAUGUGGGUUUUUUAAGGAGCAGCUACUAACUAGCAUCAAGCCUCGGCUUCAAACAUGCUCUGAUUUAUACAUCUGGUCGGUUUGGAGGACAGAGAUGGCAGUGUGUGCACUGACCAUGCUGGAUGGGAUGGGGGAUGAGGUCACGGCAGCAGGCGGCGUGUUUCUCCUGGUCCUGGCCCUUGUCUUCGCUUGGCUUUCAACCCACGUGGCCGACCGGGGAGACCACAUACUGGGCACCAUCCUCACUGUGGGCGCUCACGCCUCUCUGAUCGGACUGGGAGGUCCCGACAGCUACAGCGGAGGCUCUGCCAGCGCCGACACUCCGGAACAGCAGGCUCCUCCGCCUUCUCAGGAGAACAAGCCGGACGACGGCGAGCCUGGGACUGAGAGGGGAGAGGGGGAGGAGACUGGGGAGGGAGCUGAAGGGGUACGGACUGAUUUCCUGCUGGAUAUCCAGAGCAAACAACCACAGGCUGGAAGAAUGCAUACGUCAGAUGAUGAGGAGGAGGAGGAGGAGGAGGAAGAGGAGGAGGAUGAGCUGGAGGAGGAAGAUAAAAAGAUUAUAAAGCAUAUCCCAGUGUUGUCCAGCACCAUCUGCCCCAUCACCACCACCACUUCCGCUUCCAUCUCUGUCCGUCUGAAGUACUUAAAUGACACGGAGGACGUAGCUGUUGUAGAUCCAGAGGAUACAGUGGGAGUACUGAAAAGUAAAUACUUCUCAGGUCGGGAGCAUCAAAUAAAACUUAUCUACCAAGGCCAGUUGCUGCAGGAUCCCAAGAAGACUCUGUUAUCCCUAAACAUCACACACAACAGCGUGAUCCACUGCCACAUCUCCCAGGCCCUGCACGAGGCUACCCCGGAGGAGGGGGCUCAGUCUGGGCCCGGAGCAGGAGUCGGCCCGGGAGUCUCCGGAGGAUUGAGGGCUGCUGGUGUGGCCAUCAGCACCAGCAGCCUGGUGGUGCCCGUGUUUGUGGUGAUACUGGCCGUGGUGUGGUACUUCCGCAUCAACUACAGGCAGUUCUUCACCACCCCUGCGACCAUCUCCCUUGUGGGAGUCACUGUGUUCUUCAGCUUUCUGAUAUUUGGGAUGCACAGCCGCUGAAAAGGCAGAGAGGGGGAACACACUUACGGCUGAAUGUUGUGAGGUAAAAAUAAAAAAAAACUACAGCAGUGGGUGGCGCCUGGAGAGAUGGACUAAUCAAAACGGGGCUUGGUGCAGAUGCCACAGCUGAUUGGAUGCUUGCAGAGUGUGUGUGGGUGACUAGGUAUGGCUGUUUGUGCAUGUAACAAAAUAAAAGUCCUUGUACAGUAUAUAUAGAAUAAAUAAUAAUUGCAGUGAGCUGAAACCGGACCAUACUUUGGCUCCUCUCCAAAUACGACUUAGUGGUUCAAACAGUAUGCGCUCUUUUAUUGUUGCUAAUGUUUUCUUGUUUGUCUUUUGUUUUUUAGAUCACCCUUUCUGUGUGUAUAAUUAACUGAUAGAUGCAAUGAUCUUAAAACCUUUUGGAACCACUCAACGUGCUGUGUGCCAGUUCAACCACCGUUAUUUUUGAAUGAGCCAAGCUCUGUGUAAGCAAAUGCCCCAGUGCUAGGCUAAAAUGUUCAGAUAUCUCUGAUGCUCAAAAACUGUUGCUAUGUAGAAAUAGGCUAAUUUAAAUAAUCACUAGACGUGAAAAUAGACAUUUUUUUGAGAAGAUAUUGUAAAUAUAUGGUGUAUUUUCUGUAAAUAAAAUGAUAGAAUGAAUCAGAUGAACCUGCAUCUGGCACUUAAAGAUUUGGAGGGUGACAUGGAACCCUCCUGAUUAUGCUGGACUGCUCUGGCUUCAGUGAUGUCUCAAAUUAAAGCAUUUCAAACCAA